AUGACCAUCGACCUGUACAUCGGGUGUGUCAGUACGCCGUCUACCUUUGUGUGCAUGGUGGCGAAACACAUCGGGGUAGACCUGAACAUCCAGGUCCUGAACACGUCCAGGAAGGAGCAUCUGAAGCCCGAGUUCCUGAAGAUGAAUCCAUUCCACAAGCUGCCCACACUCUGUGAUGACGGCUUUGUUGUCUUCGAGAGCACGGCCAUCUGCCUCUAUCUCCUGAACAAGUAUGCCCCGGGGAGCGAACUGUACCCGAAGGACGUUGAAAAGCGCGCGAGGAUCGACCAGUUAAUGGCCGUUGUGACCAGCUGCCUCCAGCCACGCUACCAUGACAUCUACAAAUUGCCUCUGUUGCUGGGAGAGAAGCCCACGGCAGAGCAACUCCAGGCCCUCGAGGACCUUGCCCUGCAGGGCCUAGAGUUAAUGAUGGGGAGCAGCAAGUUCGCUGUCGGAGAUGAGCUAACUCUGGCUGAUCUCACACUGGUUGCGCAUCUUGGUCUGUUGAUAAAGACGCCCGCCUUCAACAAGACCAAGUUCCCAAAGUUGUCGUCCCACUACGAUCGCGUCUCUUCUCUUCUGCCUUACUACGAGGAGACCAACAAAGGCCUGCUCGAACGAAUCACCGGGUUGUACAACGCCGCGAAAUGA